CCGGGCCCGCCGCCCGCGCCCCGCAUGGAGCUGUCAGCCAUCGGCGAGCAGGUGUUCGCCGUGGAGAGCAUCCGGAAGAAGCGCGUGCGGAAGGGCAAAGUCGAGUAUCUGGUGAAGUGGAAGGGAUGGCCCCCCAAGUACAGCACGUGGGAGCCAGAGGAGCACAUCCUGGACCCCCGCCUGGUCAUGGCCUAUGAGGAGAAGGAGGAGAAGGACCGAGCGUCGGGGUAUAGGAAGAGAGGCCCGAAACCCAAGCGGCUUCUGCUGCAGCGGCUGUACAGCAUGGACCUGCGGAGCUCCCACCAGGCCAAGGGCGAGGAGAAGCUCUGCUUCUCCCUGACGCGCCCGCUCGGCAGCGGGAGCCCCGAGGGGGUGGUCAAGGCAGGGGCACCCGAGCUGGUGGACAAGGGCCCCUUGGUGCCCACCCUGCCCUUCCCGCUCCGCAAGCCGCGCAAGGCCCACAAGUACCUGCGGCUCUCACGCAAGAAGUUCCCGCCCCGCGGGCCCAACCCGGAGAGUCACAGCCAUCGACGGGAGCUCUUCCUGCAGGAGCCCCAGACCCCGGACACCCUGCCGGCCGCCGGCGAGUGGGAGCCUGCCGAGCAGCCCCCGGGCGAGGAAGCAGAAGCAGACUUGGCCGAGGGGCCCCCUCCCUGGACGCCCGCGCUCCCCCCCAGCGAAGUGACAGUGACCGAUAUCACUGCCAACUCCAUCACCGUCACCUUCCGCGAGGCGCAGGCGGCCGAGGGCUUCUUCCGAGACCGUGGCGGGAAGUUCUGAGUCGCCGUUGUCGCUCCUCAGCUGUGGCUUUCGGGCUUGGGGUGGGGCUUCCGGAGAUGGGGAAGGUAAUUAUUUUAUUUAAAAAAGUUCGGAACAGAAAGGGGCGGAUCCCGGGCGCCCCGACCCUGCCCCUUCUCCAGGAGUCAUGUUUACAGAGAGGCCUGGGCGCGCGGGGAGGCCUGACCCCUGUCAGUCGGGCGUCACCCAGGCAGGAUGGGGACAGGCCUCCUCGGACACCUGCCACCGUUCCUCUCCAGAGAGAGCCCAAGCCUCUCCCGGGGCUGGCCCAGCCCAGCCUUUCUGCUUGCUGUUCCCUUUCCUGGGGGCUGGGGGGGCUUUCUGACCUUCCACUCCAGCUGCUCGGUGGGAUGCGGAGCUGGCUUUGUCCAAGCAUGGCUGGUGCCGAGAGGGGGGGCAGGAGGAAGGGCUGGGGUGCUGGGGCGGCCCCUUCCCGGGCCGGCUGCCCACUGAGCCCUGCCCCUCCGGUGCCCUCCCCGGCGCCCUCUUGAGCGGGGGCACCUGACUGCGGACGUGUGCGGCGGGGCUGGCGAACUUUCUGCUUAGGAGCUCGGACCACGGGAGGGGGAGGCGGGUCACGGCAAACAGGAGCUUGCCAUGGGCACCCCGCCCUCACCCCACCUGCAUGCACACCCCUCCACGCUUCUGCCCGGCUCAGCAGCUGUCAGCGGAGGGGAGGCCGGCCCGGCGCGGUGGCCAGACAGCCCGUGUGGCCCUCGGCCUGCGCGCGGGAGCCGCCUCUCUGACUCAGGGGACUUCAGCCCGGCCCGCUCCUCCUUCUGCCCGCCCUCCAGUUCAGCCCAGCGCCAGCACUCAGGGCCAUCCUCGGCUCCCUGCACCCCCCUUCUGUCCCGGGUCCCUUCCCAGCCCACCCUGAAAGCUGCAGCUGGGGCGCGGGUGGGGCCUCUGCCUGGCCUCCUGCGGGCGGCGGACAGGCCCGCGCUGGAGCGACCGCUGCCCGGAGGGGCUCCUUCCCCAGUCUGCACGCUCAGGCCUGGGGCUGGUGGCUUCCCCCGCGGUGAGAAGCGACCCCUCCCCUCCCCCAGCCCCGGACUGGAGGAAAAGCCAGACUGGGGGGCCCAGGGGGCCAUGGCUCCCCCCUCCCCUUUGUCAGAGUGGGGCACUUAGGGGGAGUUGGAGCCCUGCCUGCCCUCCCAAAGGACCGUCCCCCACUCUGUGCUUGUUCUGAGGAAGGACAGGGCGGGUCUGGCCCCAGACUCCUUUUUUCCUAGUUCCCUAACCAAAGACAGCCUGCACCCCAGUUCUGCGUAGGGCGCCCUGCCGGCGAGAUUCCCCAACCCUUGACUCUGCCCCCUUCCUCUCUCAUCCGUAGUUGUCCAGGGUCAAUUCAGUGCUUCCAGUGGGGGUCAGCCCCUCAUCACCGCCAGCCUGAGGAGUGGAGUCUAGAGUGCGGGGUCAGGGAGAGGAAGGGCAGCCUCGAGCCCCGCCCCCCCCCCC